CAGCCAUCGUCGCGACCCCUCCCCAUCCAUCUCGCGCGGACUCCCCCCACCGCCGCCGCCCGCGGCGGAGACGGCCACGGCCACGGCAUCCUCCUCCUCCUCCCUCCCUCUUCCUCAAGAUGGACAGCCAUAACUCAGUACCUCCCCAGAUUGCUGAAGUGAGAAUGGACAUCUCAUCAUCUACUUCACUAGCAGCUGGGAACAAAAUUUGCAGAGGUGCUGCUUGUGAUUUUUCUGAAUCCAGCAAUAGCUCAAAAGAUGCAAGGGAGAGAGUGGCUUCUAUGAGGAAGCUCAUCAUUGCUGUGAUCCUUUGCAUUAUAUUCAUGACAGUUGAGGUGGUAGGAGGAAUCAAAGCAAACAGUCUGGCAAUCUUAACUGAUGCAGCCCAUCUCCUUUCGGAUGUUGCAGCCUUUGCCAUAUCUUUGUUCUCUCUUUGGGCAGCUGGAUGGGAAGCUACUCCACAGCAGUCAUAUGGAUUCUUCCGUAUAGAAAUUCUUGGUGCACUGGUUUCUAUUCAGCUCAUAUGGCUACUUGCUGGUAUUCUUGUCUAUGAAGCUAUUGUAAGGCUCAUUAACGAAAGUGGCGAGGUCCAGGGCUCUCUCAUGUUUGCUGUCUCAGCUUUUGGCUUAUUUGUUAACAUCAUAAUGGCUGUCUUGCUUGGUCAUGACCAUGGGCAUGGACACGGACAUGGGCAUGGUCAUUCACAUGACCAUGAUCAUGGUGAUUCUGAUGACAACCAUCAACACCAUGACGGUGAAGAGCAUGGCCAUGUACAUCACCAAGAGGAUGGCCAUGGAGGUUCAAUAACUAUCAAAACUAAUCAUCAUCACCAUUCUGGCACUGGACAACACCACCAUGAUGCUGAGGAACCAUUGCUUAAGAAUGAAGCUGAUUGUGACAGUGCCCAAUCUGGUGCUAAGGCUGGCAAGAAGGCUCGUCGUAAUAUCAACGUACACAGUGCUUAUCUGCACGUUCUUGGGGAUUCUAUCCAGAGUAUUGGUGUAAUGAUUGGAGGAGCAAUCAUCUGGUACAAGCCUGAAUGGAAGAUUAUUGAUCUCAUAUGCACCCUCAUCUUCUCUGUAAUUGUGCUGUUCACCACAAUCAGGAUGCUGCGCAACAUCCUUGAGGUCCUGAUGGAGAGCACGCCGCGUGAGAUCGAUGCCACCAGGCUUGAGAAUGGCCUCCGCGACAUGGACGGUGUGGUUGCGGUACACGAGCUGCACAUCUGGGCCAUCACGGUGGGGAAGGUUCUACUGGCAUGCCAUGUGACAAUCACUCAGAACGCAGAUGCUGAUCAAAUGCUCGACAAGGUUAUUGGGUACAUCAAAUCUGAGUACAACAUCAGCCAUGUGACAAUUCAGAUUGAGCGCGAGUAGGAUCGAGACAGGUAGUGUUGGGGGGGGGGGGGGGGGGGCGUUCAAGUUAGGAACCUGGUUUUUUCACUGGUUUUCGUGGUCUAUGUUAGCUCUGCAGUUGCAAAGGCGGCAUCAAAUCAUCAAGAGCCCGACAAAAACUUGCAGGUUCAUCUGAAUGCUAGCUAUGAAUGCUAUUUGUUAUGUACGUGUUAUUACUCCUAUCUAGUAGUCAAUUAGUUGAGGGGAUGCUAUGUCAGUCUGUAGUCGGUGGUGUACUCACCUGGAUGCAGUUCAGACAAGUUUUUCAGGCACCUGGUAAGUAGGAGUACAUCUAAUCUAUCUCCCUGUUGCGUUUUGUAGCCUAGCGCCCCUGUCGUACUCUACUUUUAUGUAAAUCUGUACUGGGCAUGGGAACAAUAAUGAAGUUUCGUUUCUCCUGUUGCUA